GGUGCCAGCGGCGAUCGUGGUAGGGGCCGCGGUGGCCCCGGAGGUGAUAGAGGUCGUGGCACCCCCGGAUCGCGCGGGGGCUCUCCCGGUGGCGAGCCCUACAGAGGCAGGGGCGGGCCGACCGGAGGCGAUGGCUACAGAGGACGGAGCGGCACGCCUGGGGACUACAGAGGACGGGGUGUCUCACGAGGGCGCGGUGGAUCCCCGCGGGAGCAAGGAGGCAUAUUCGCCGAGGGCCGGCCCGCCAACAUCGACGCCCGCCUCGACGCGUCCCAAGAGGCGCUCAUCGCGCAGUUCAACUCGCUCUCCGUGCACCCGCACGACAUCCCGCUGCGCCCAGACUUCGGCAAGGCCGGGCUCGCGAUCAAGCUCCGCACGAACUUCUUCCCCGUGCGCGUCCCCAAGGGCCCGCUGUACGAGUACGACAUCGCGAUAACGCCCGUGCAGGGGACGAGCAAUCGCAGGAUGAAGCGCCGCAUCCUGCAGCUCGCCGAGGCCACGCCGCAGUGGGCACAGCUGGGCCUGCGGGGCCGCGUCGCCCACGACCACGCCGCAAAGCUGAUCUCCGCGGCGCAGCUCCCGCAGCCGCUCACCAUCGACGUUCCCUUCUACGAAGAAGAGGAAUCGGGCCCGCCCGCGCAAGGCGGCAAGGUUUACACGCUCAAGCUCAAGCUCGUACAGACGCUCGAGACCGAGAGUCUGUCCAGCCACCUCCAAGGGGAAGCGAAUUACCGCAACCACGACAUCUUACCGGUCGUCGCUGCGCUCAAUUUGAUCUUGGCGGCUCACCCGAACCGCACACAGGAAGGCGGCGGCGUGAUGGUCGGACGCAACCGCUACUUCUUUCCCUCGGCGUCGCCCCCGGUGCCGCUCGGCGGCGGCCUGGAAGCGUGGCGGGGGUUCUACUCUUCGAUUCGCCCCGCGUUCAGGUCUCUGAUGGUGAACGUGAACGUCUGCACCACUGCCUUUUACACGGAGGGCAACUUGGCGGACGCGAUGAUGGCAUUCGAGAACGCUAGCUUUGGCGCGCGCAUGCAGGUGUUCGCCAAGGGCGUCCGGGUGCGCACGACGCACCUGGGGUAUCGCAAGACCAUCAAAACGAUGGCGAAAGUCAACGCCAAGCAGCACAAGUUCAAGGCCGACGAUCUCGGCAUGGUGUCGGUCGAGGAAUACUUUAAAAAAAAAUACAAGGUAAACCUGCGGUACCCGAACCUCCCGCUCGUCGACGUCGGCGGCCAGAAACAGAACCUGCUCCCGCCCGAGGUGUGCAUCAUCCUGCCCGGGCAGCCGUUCCGCGGGAAGCUGCUCGACGAACAGACCGCGUCGAUGAUCCUCGUCGCGGCCAAGCCGCCCAACGUGAACGCGGAGGCGAUCACGAACAAGGGGCUGACGGAGCUCGGGUUCCGGCAGGGCGCGUCGUCGGUGUUGAACACGUUCGGCGUGUCCAUCGGGAACGAGAUGGCCGUCGUGCCCGGGCGCAUCCUCUCGCCGCCGGGGAUCAAGUACGGGCGCGGCGAGCCGCGCGUGGACGAGCGCGCGAGCUGGAACCUGCGCGACGUCAAGUUCGCGCGCGGCGGGACGCUCGACCGGUGGGCGGUGCUGCUCAUCAAGGACGGCGGGCGCGACGAGUUCGCGGGGCCGGACGACCCGGAGCUGAUCACGACCAUGCGCGGGUUCGCGGCGAUGUGCCGCACGUGCGGGAUGCAGGUGUCGCAGAACCCGCCUGCGGUGAUCCCUGUGCAGCUCCCGAGGAAGGACCCCAAGGCCGACCCCGUGCGUGGGCAGGCGAUCGCGGCGAUCCGGUCGGCGCUCAUGUCGGCCCAGGCGAAGCCGAGCCUCGUCAUCGUGCUGCUCUCGAGCGCGGACAAGCACGUGUACUCGGGGCUGAAGCACCUGUGCGACGUGUACCUCGACGUGCCGACCGUGUGCGUGCAGACGCAGAAGAUACGGAAGGAGAGGGGCCAGGUGCAGUAUUUUGCGAACGUCGCGCUCAAGGUGAACAUGAAGCUCGGCGGCGUGAACCAUAACCUCGACGACCGCAGCAUGGCGAAGCUGCGCCAGCCGACGACGAUGCUGGUCGGGAUGGACGUGACGCAUCCCGGCCCGUCGACGGUAAAGGGCACGCCUUCCAUCGCGGCCGUCGUGGCGAGCGUGGACGCCAACUUUGCUCAGUACCCCGCCAGCAUGAGGAUCCAGGAGUCGAAGAAAGAGGCAAGCGCACAGCCCUCCAGCAUGAUCACGGAACUGCAGGCCAUGAUGGAAGAGCGUCUCCAGCUGUGGCGAGACAAGAACAACAAGACGCUUCCGCAGCGCAUCCUGGUCUACCGCGACGGUGUCUCGGAGGGCCAAUUCUCAAUCGUGCUCAAGGAGGAGAUCCCGCAGAUGAGGGCGGCGUUCCGCAAGUUCGACACGACGCAGCCGUACCGGCCCAAGCUGACGGUCGUGAUCUGCGGCAAGCGGCACCACACGCGCUUCUACCCCACCGAGGUCGCGCACGCGGACCAGAACGGGAACCCGCGCCCGGGCACGGUCGUGGACCGGGGCGUGACGGCGAUCUACGAGUUCGACUUUUUCCUGCAGGCGCACGGCGGGCUGCAGGGCACGACGCGGCCGACGCAUUACUACGUCGUGUGCAACGAGAUGGGGCUGCGCGCGGACGACCUGCAGGGGCUCACGAACGCGGUGAGCUACACGUUCGCGCGGGCGACCAAGGCGGUGAGCCUGGUGUCGCCCGCGUACUACGCGGAUCUGGCGUGCGAGCGCGGGCGGUGCUACCUGCACAAGCUGCUGCAGGGCAUCUCGGACUCGGGGACGACGUCGGUGUCGGGGAGCGGUGCGGCGGCGGCGCAGGACGAGGAGGUGUGGCGCGAGGCGGUCGCGCUGUGGCACGGCGGGGUCAAGGGCGCGUUGAAGGAUACCAUGUUUUACCUCUGAGGAAUCUGCCCGUGCGGGCCCCGUCGUCGUGCGUUUUUUCUUCUUUCUAUGCUGCAAUGUCUCGUACUGUCGUGUUUGAAGUCUGGUCUGCUCGGCGUCUCUUGUAUUUGUUUUGUUUGCGAUGGUGUGGAUGGAUCAUGUAUAACGAUGUAUGGCAAUGUUAUUGAUUGAACUCGAG